UUACGCAAUAAUCAACUUGUCAUAACUUGUGUGUAGUUACAAUUGGCGCCAAAAUCUUCUGCGUCUUUUACUUCUCCAAAGAAAAUAAAGUAUAAAACGCCCAAAAAUGCCCCCGCAACUGUCCACCGGAGCCCUAUUGCGAAUAAUGAAAGACGAGAAGGUGCCAGAGCCCAUCGUGCAGAUCCUCCAAAGCAAAAAAAUCAACUGCAAUUCCGAUAAAGAACGAUACAGACUAUUAAUAUCAGACGGCAAGUACCAGAUUUCCCACGCCAUGUUAACCGGUGUGUCCGGAGUGGAAAAUUUUUCGAUAAUUAAAAUGAAGCAGUACCACUUGAGCGAAUUGAGCAGCAGCCAGAAAAUCAACAAAAUCUUGCUGAUUAUUGGCAUGGAGGUAUUGUGUAGUAUGGAUGAGAAAAUUGGGAAUCCAGAGCAACUGACAGAUCAAGUUAUAGCGAGUCAUUCGAGUUCAGAGGCUAAACCUGUGACUAACACAGUACAAAGCGUGCCAGAGCAGCCUAGAGACUUGAAUCAGUCUUUGAACCAGAGUCUGUCGGAAAGUAGAGUCAUUAGUCAGAUUUCAGCCCUCACUCCUUAUCACAACAAGUGGGUGAUUAAGGCGCGCGUUUCAAAUAAGUCUCAGAUGCGGACGUGGUCGAAUUCAAGGGGCGAAGGGAAGUUGUUUAGUGUUGAUUUGAUGGAUGAGAGUGGAGAGAUUCGGUGUACGGCGUUCAGAGACUUGGCUGACAAGUACUUCAACUACCUGCAGGUGGAUAAAGUUUACUACUUUAGUAAGUGUCAACUAAAACCGGCCAAUAAACAGUUCAACACGCUCAAAAAUGACUACGAAAUGACCAUUGGUAACGAAACGGUGAUCGAAGAGUGUCUUAACGACGACGGGUUGGUCCCUCAAGUUAAAUACUCGUUCGUACCGAUUUCGUCAGUCGCCGAGUUGGCUGUGGGGGCUCUGAUUGAUGUAAUUGGAGUUUGUAAAGAGGUUUCUGACAUUCAGAAUUUUACGUCACGGACGACCAAUCGCGAGAUGACUAAACGUGACGUAAUUUUAGUUGACCAAUCAAAAACUUCGAUCACACUAACGUUGUGGGGUAGUCAAGCUGAAAGUUUUGACGGCGUGAAUAAUCCAGUGGUGUUGGUAAGGGGGGCCAAGGUGGGGGAAUUCGGGGGCGGGAAAACUUUAUCAACCGUCAUGAGUAGUCAGAUGAAGAUCAACCCCGACAUACAGGAGUGUCACAAAAUUAAAGGGUGGUUCGAUUUGGAGGGGAAAGAGUCGGAUGUGAAGAAUUUGAGUGAAAGGACCGGCAGUGGCAGCUUCCAGAGUCAGUGGCUUUAUUUGAAGGAAGUCCAAGAUAAAGGUCUGGGUAAUUCCGAACGCGGUGACUAUUUCCAAACCCUAGCCACUGUGUUGUUAAUGCGGUCCGAAAACGCCAUCUACAAAGCGUGUCCAACUCCAGAUUGUAACAAGAAAGUAGUAGAUUUGGAAAACGGGAUGUACAGAUGCGAGAAGUGUAACAGGGAGUAUCCCAAUUUUAAAUACAGGUUGUUAGUUUCGAUGAACAUAGGCGACUUCAGCGGUAACCAAUGGGUGAGCGUGUUUUCCGGAGAGGCGGAGAAAAUCUUAGGAAAGACCUCCCAGGAGGUGGGGCUUGCGAUGGAAGAUAACUCGGAGGCGGGGACCGCCAUUUUCCAAAACGCCAAUUUUAAGCAGUUCAUUUUUAAAUGCAGGGCCAAAGUUGAGACUUACAAUGAUGAACAGCGGCUCAAAAUCGUGGUUGUCAAUGUGGAAAAUGUUGAUUAUGAAAAGCAUUCGGGGCAGCUGUGUAAAGAAAUUGCAGAGUUGACGGGAAUAAACGCUUGAAGGUGGGGUUGGCACUAAUUAAAAUUUAGGUUUUUAUACGGAUUCCAGUUGCUUUAGCUUUUACAUAUAUAUAUUAGUGAUCACACAGUAUACAACCUUGAAGGUGUUUUUUUGUUAAUUACGUGUGUGUAAAGUUGAAAAAUAGACACAGUACAGCUUUAUAAAGAA